UCGCUGGUUGAUCUCAUCCGCCAUGGAUUGUACAGUCAGAUCAUGGGACUUGCCCUCUGGAAAGUUGGUAGACUGCUUUUCAGUGGAGAUGGCUGUGACCUCUCUAUCGAUGUCUCCGACUGCAGAUUUCCUAGUGACCAGUCAUGUGGACAGUGUAGGGGUGUAUACCUGGUACAACAAGACCCUCCUCUCUCACGUAUCCCUGGCCCCACUCCCAGACGAUUACCAACCACAGGAAGUGGAAAUGCCUGACACACGAUUCACUGGAGGAGAUGACAACCAAAAUGCUGAAGAUGACACGGUGCUGGAUGAUGUAGAUGAUUACGCUUCCCCAGAACAAUUAUCCUCCGAGUUAGUGACCUUGUCUCUUCUCCCUAACUCCCGCUGGCACAACCUCCUCAAUCUGGAUGUCAUCAAGAUGAGAAAUAAACCAGAAGAGCCCCCUAAAGUUCCUAAGGCAGCGCCUUUCUUUUUACCCACAAUUCCUGGCUUACAACCCAAGUUUGUCGUCCCUGAACACACAGAGGAAACAGACAAGGCCAGUACACAUAAGAAAUCGGGUGCUGAUCUUUCUCGGUUUAAUUCUCUUGGUGAACUUGGACGUAGACUAGAUGAAGGAAAGGAGGAACUUGGUCCCUCUGCUGUUGAUAACGAGAUUCGAUGUUUAGGACCUGAUGCGGGGGGAUCUGUGACCACUAUGUGCCAGUUCCUUCACUUGAUUAGUCAUGUUCUGGACACCAAGAAAGACUUUGAAGUGGCCAAUGCUUAUCUGGAACUUUUUCUUAAGAUUUAUGGUGAUACAAUGUCCAGUCAUCCUGAACUGGUUGAAGUUCUGAGAGAGGUGAAAGGAAAACUGAAUCAGACGUGGACUUCCAUACAGGAUCUGUUUACCUUGAAUUUAACACUUCUAACCCAUCUCAGGACAGCUAAAAUCUGA